UUAUUAUGAUUAGGCACGGUGCUCUCAAUCUCAAACCCUCUUCGUAUAGUUUUAUUUUAUUUUUCUUUUUUCGUGAAAUCUCUAUUCUCUCAGCCCCUCUUUUAUUUUCUUUGUCUCUAAAAUCCCUAAAAUUCAACUCAAAAUCUCUCCUUUUUCCUGAAUCCCUAAAUCUCAAAACCCUAAAAUACUUUCAACUCCAUCUCGAACCCUAAAAUAUUUUUCAACCUCACUCUCUCUCGUUCUGUACCUCACUCAUCACUUCAAAUCUUGUUGGUUCCGUGAAGUCGAUAAAUCGUGAAAUCAAAAUCAAGUCGCUGCUGUGUAGUUAGUAAAUCGUAUUUUCUCGUGGUCAUGGCCAGUUGAAGUUGGUGUCAGUGAGGGAUUUUGUUGCUUUGGAGGGUUUAUUACUGGGGAUAAAUGUACUCCAUGGUUGAUGUGCGUGCAGAAUUUGGUGAGAGCUACAUUUCCUGUGCAUUGGUUGUAAGGGCCAUAAAAUAAAGUUAUGGCUAAGAUGAUGGGGAAGCGUGAUAGGUUCUCAGGAGGGUAUUACAGGAAUAAUGCAUUUCAGACGGCUGGUGAAUCUGAAGGGUCUGGUAGCUCAGGAAGGAUUGACACUGAGAUUACUGCUUCAGAGGAUUCGAGUGCUCCGACUAGGAAAUGCAUUAAUUUAAAUUCUGAUAAACAAGAUGCUUUUGGUGUUCCCAUGCAAAUCCUUUCUCUGUCAAACAUUUCACCACCUGAAAGGAAGGAUCUACUAAAAAGGUUGAGAAUUGAACUUGAACAGAUACGGAUUGUCCUAAAGAAAGUAGAGUUUCAAAGAACAAAUGGGAUGACUGUAUCUUCUUCUAGUGAUAUUCUUAGUUGUAGUAAUGGUCAAAAUGGGCCUCAAGUUGAGAAGUUCAGAAAAUCCUCGGGGAUGAACAGCGGGCCAGGUAAGAAACUGAAUCCUGUCAGUAAUAAAGGACAUGGAGGGAACCGGGGUGCUACAGGAAAGACUGAUUCUGCAAAAAUACAGCCUCCAAUAGCGAGCACUGCAAAUAUACUUUUGAUGAAACAGUGUGAAACUCUGUUGAAACGGCUAAUGUCUCAUCAGUAUGGUUGGGUCUUCAACAAACCUGUUGAUGUGGUGAAGUUGAACAUUCCAGAUUAUUUUACUGUUAUUAAGCAUCCAAUGGAUUUGGGAACAAUAAAAGGAAAGAUAGCUUCGGGUGCAUACUCAAAUCCAUUGGAAUUUCUUGCUGAUGUAAGGCUUACAUUUAGCAAUGCAAUGAUCUAUAAUCCACCUGGGAAUGAUGUCUAUGUUAUGGCGGAUACACUGCGUAAAUUUUUUGAAGCGAGGUGGAAAGCUAUUGAGAAAAAAUUACCAGUAUCUGAGCCCCAAUUAUUACCUGGAAAGAAAGCCCCCCAUGUCAAUGUAGGGACUGUUAAGGCAACGCCUACGGCUAAAAAGAGAAAAAUAGAAACAUUGCACCAUGAAAUUGUGCUGGAGCCUGUUAAGCCGGUAAUGACUGCUGUGGAGAGGCAGAAUCUAGGCAAAGAACUAGAGUCUUUGCUGGGAGAAAUGCCUAUGCAUAUCAUUGAUUUCUUGAGGGAACAUAGUUCCAAUGGAAGAGAAACUGGAGAGGAUGAAAUUGAGAUUGAUAUAGAUGAUCUCAGUGAUGAUACAUUGUUCACAUUAAGGAAGCUUUUAGAUGAUUUUUUGAGAGAGAAACAAAAGAACCAGGCAAGAGCUGAACCUUGUGAAAUAGAGCUGUUGAAUGAAUCAGGACUAAGCAAUUCAUCCAUGCAACAAUGCAAAGAGGAUGAUCCGGCUGAUGAGGAUAUUGAUAUUGGUGGAAAUGAGCCUCCUGUCUCAAGUUAUCCUCCUGUGGAGAUUGAAAAGGAUACGGGGAUUAAAAGCAGUAAAUGUGUCAGUUCGGACAGCUCCAGUGAUUCCGACUCUAGCUGUUCUUCUGACAGUGAAUCUAGUGGUGUUAAAGCGUCAAGUCCUAUCAAUGUUUCAAAGGUACCUGAAACCUUGAGUUCUGGAGCCCAAUUAGAUGAGAAGACAAGUACUGGCAACCCCUUUGAUGGAAAUCAAUCUGUGAGUGAGUUGGAUCAGGUUGAACAUACUUCCCAGCAAAAACCGAGCUCUAUUGAGUCAGAUUGUUGUCAAGAUGGUGACAGUGCUCCCAGUGAGAGGCAGGUCUCUCCUGAAAAGCUUUAUCGGGCCGCUUUAUUGAAGAAUCGAUUUGCUGAUACCAUUUUAAAAGCUCGUGAAAAAACUCUUUCACAGGGGGACCCUGAGAAAUUGCGUAAGGAGAAGGAGGAACUUGAACUACAACGACGAAAAGAAAAGGCUCGUCUGCAGGCAGAAGCAAAGGCUGCUGAAGAGGCUAGAAGGCAAGCUGAAGAAGAAGCUGCAGCUGAGGCUAGACGAAAGAGAGAGGUUGAGAGAGAAGCUGCACGACAGGCAUUGCUGAAGAUGGAGAAGACUGUUGAAAUUAAUGAGAAUUCUCGUUUCCUUGAAGACUUAGAAAUGCUUAGGACUGCCCCUGCCGAGCAUUUACCAAGCUCUGUUGAUGAGACAAGCCCAGAUCACUCUCAGGAUGGCUUGGGUAGUUUCAAGUUUUGCGGCAGUAACCCCUUGGAACAACUUGGUUUAUACAUGAAAGAGGACGAGGACGAGGAAGACGCCGAACCACCAACCAUUCCAAACCCUCUAAACGACGUAGAGGAAGGCGAGAUUGACUAAGUGAGCUAUCACUGCUUUAUUUAGAUACAUGAACAAGUCAAUGAAGCAAGAAAUAUGAUAUACAUUGCAUCAAAUCAAAAAGAAAAGAAAAGAAAUCAAUCUUUUGCCAAAGGAUCACAAGAUCAAAAGAAAGUUUUGCCAACAAUUGGAGUUGAAAAAGGGUGAAGAGAAGAAGCGUCAAUUAUCAAUUUUGGCUUGUUUUUGUUUUGCUUUGGAAUUGAGAUGUGGCAAAUAUUGUGAGAUGGGGAUUUGAUUGAUUGUGGGAGAAGGCUGAAAAAGAAGCCAAAAGUGGGCAGAUAGGUAGGCAGCAGAAAAGGAAACCCUGUAAAAAUGUUGAUUUUGGGAUUAAAAAAAAAAAAAAAAAAAUGGGGGCCUUAAGCUGUAUUACAAACAACUUUAAUGAAUACAUUUAGAGUUCAUA